AUGCGUCGCAAAACACGUUUUGUCUGCGUUUCCGAUACCCAUGGCUAUACCCCCUCUGAGGCAGGGUUCAAGCUUCCGGCUGGCGAUGUGCUGAUACACGCGGGUGAUUUGACUAACAAGGGAACCAUGUCCGAGCUCCGCAGGACAAUGGACUGGAUCUCUAAGGCUGACUUUGAAAUCAAACUCAUCGUGGCUGGGAACCACGAUAUCACGCUAGAUUCAGAAUUCUAUGCACAGCAUGGACAGGGCUUUCAUGGCGACCAACUCGAAGAUCCACGAAAAUGCACGGAGUUUAUCACGAGGUCCACGCCUUCUGUCGUACUGCUUCAACACCAGGCAGCUGUUAUCCGAUUAGAUCGAGCCGACGGUCCAAAAACAUCAUUCAAGGUGUUCGGGUCCCCAUAUUGCCAAUUCCAGGGCAAAUGGGCUUUUGGAUACGAAUCAAGCAAGGCGAAGGCGCUCUGGGAUCCGAUUCCCCUGGAUACUGAUAUUAUCGCCCUCAGCCGCGUCAGGCCGCCGUUAGCUGUAUGCGGUCAUGUGCACGAGGGACGAGGCUACGAGAGAAUCCGCUGGCAGCCCGCGCUUAUCAAAAUAGGGCUUGAUGCUGACGGCGUCGAUUUUGUCACUCGGGGCGUUCUGCCACCCUCUGGAAGUAAGAAGCAGAGCCUGGUCGACCUCACGGGUAGACGGGAGGCACGCCUGGACAGCGAGGGGUUUUCGUGCUCAGCGCCGGCCUCCUCCAGUCCGAUGUUACCAUCGGGGGUGUCAGCUGUGUCUGGGCAGGGCUUUGCUCCGUCUCUGAGCGCUGCUGAUACCCAUGGGCUCGAUCACGCCCUGCGAAUGCUGAGAAAGGAAACUUGCAUCGUCAAUGCUGCUAUCGUCGCCACUAGCUGGCCGCAUCGGGGAGGCAAACGGUUUCAUGCGCCGAUAGUGGUCGACUUGGAACUACCAGUUUGGCAAGAUACGGCUGCCGCUGAUUCACAAUGCAUCUGA